AUGAACAAUGUCCUCGCCGGCGCCGCAAUGGGCGCCGCCCUUACCGCUUCGGGCGUCCACCAACCGGCCACCAUCCUCUCCCAGUUCGACUUCACCAACUUCCACAUGCUCCAGACCUUCCUCACCGCCGCCGCGGGCAGCACCCUCCUCCUGACAGCCACACAAACCCUCUCGCUCACCCACCUGGCCCCUAAGCCACCUUCCUCCGUAGGCCUUUUAUCCACCUCGCCCUCUUACGACGGGAACAUCCUAGGCGGUGCGCUGCUCGGCACAGGGAUGGCGCUGUCGGGCGCCUGCCCGGGCACUGUGCUCGUCCAGCUCGGGGUGGGCGGUGUCCGGUCGGGCGUGUAUGCCUUUGGCGGGGCGGUGCUGGCCGGCUUGAUAUGGUCGCUGCUCGUGCCAAGGCCGCGGAGCCGUCGUCGUCAACAGCCGGAGGGGAUCAACUUGGUGAAGUAUCCUUGCAACGGCACCGUGGCGACGACAACGACAACGACCACUGUUACGGAGGAUGGGGAGGAGGGGGAAGGGACAGCAAAAGGAAAGGGAAUCGAAAAGAGAAAGGAAAUGGUGACGGUCCACGAGGCGCUAGGGGUCAGUAGGAUCAUGGCGGCUGGCGUGUUUGAGGUAGUGUGUGUGCUGGCAGUGCUGGCUGCCUCGUCAAGGGCUAGGAUCGCGUCUCAGGCCAAGCUGUCGCCUGUUUUGGGAGGUUUGCUGAUAGCGGCGGCGCAGGUGGUGUCGUUGGUCUUGAGGGGCAGGUUGCUGGGCACAUCGACGUCCUAUGAGGACAUGGGAAGGCUGUUGAUGGGUGAUUGCCCGCGAGGGCCAGGGAAUAUCCUAUUCUCUGGAGGUGUCGUGGCAGGAGCGUGGGCGCUGUCGAGGGUAGUGCCGGCUUUGGCACAGGUGAAUGAGGUAUCCAUAUCGCCGGUUAUGGCUGGGCUGGGCGGUUUUCUGAUGGUUCUAGGGUCGAGGAUGGCGGGAGGAUGCACGUCGGGACAUGGCAUCAGUGGCAUCUCUUUGCUGUCGACGUCGAGCUUCCUCACAGUAGCUACGACGUUUGCUGCUGGGGGCGUGGUGGGAUUACUGCUGGGCUAA